AUGAGCUUUCGCCAAGCCCGUGUCGCGCAUCGAACCACCGAUGAACAGCGGGACAUCCUCGAGAAAUUGCAAUUCAAACGGGCUCAACUAGCCAGCUUCUCGAAUCAAUUGAACUCUGGGAAAAAGCCUUCGCCGGCAAAACCAAAAGCAAAGGUUGAGAAACCGAAACGCCAAAAGAAGAAUGAAUCUGACGACGAGUUCGUGGAAUCUGAUGACGACUUCAUUGCCACUAGUGAGGGCGAGGAGGAAGAUGAAGGGGAUUACGAGGAAGAUGCGCCACGCAAAAGAAAGCGGCCCGCAAAGAAGAGCACAACACCGAAAAAGGCGCCCAUUCGUGUCCGUCCCAAGACGACUACACUCUCGGAAUCCAGUGAUAACGAUGAUGAUGGGAAGUCGGAAAACGAAAGAGAUGGUUGGAAGGGAAAGCCGCGGCUUCGUAACGGCAACGACAAGAAUGUGGUCGAGUCGGAGGACGACAAAGAUGAGGCACCUAUGCCAUUCUAUCGACGCACCAAGCGUGUCGUCAUCGUCGAAAGUGAUGAAGAGGAGGAUGCUGAUCGUGAUGAGAUCACGAAUGCCCGCUCGUUGCGUAAUGUGAUGAAGCAAACGGCGAAGUCGAAGAAGAAUGGAAAGUUGUCGGAUUCAGACUAUGAGGAUGAACUGGUCCAGGAGGAGGAAGCCGAUGACGCUGAUGACUAUAGCAGCGAUGCGAGUGAUGAUAGUCGGAAGGGCAAACCGAAGAAGGAAACGAAGAUGCAGAGAGAUUGCGUCCGAUUCUUCAACGAUGCGUUACGAGACGAACUGCUUGGUGCAGCAAGAAUGAACGACAAGUUAGCUGAUGUCGUACUUUCUUCACGCCCGUUCGAUACUUAUUCUGAAUUGAUGGAGGCACUCUCUGGGCAUCGUGGUGGGAAGCAGGUUUUGGAGAGCUACGAAGAGUACCUCGAGAAUCGUGGCAUGUUGAACAGAAUCCUUGAUGAUUGCAAGGGCGAUUCUGAAAAGGUUGCUGCCGACUAUAGAGAAUACAUCAACCGCGAGAUAGUACCGACAAUCCUGAACCAAGACAUGACUUUACAUACGUAUCAGAAGGAAGGCUUGAACUGGCUGGUGAUGAUGCACGAAAAGGGAUUGAACUGUAUCCUGGGUGACGAAAUGGGACUCGGCAAGACCAUUCAAAUCAUCGCAUUCGUCGCCUGGCUGAAAGAGCAGAAAGUACAAGGCCCACAUCUCAUCAUUGUUCCUUCAUCUACAAUUGAAAACUGGAUGAAUGAGUUGCGGAAAUGGUGCCCCGAUCUACAGAUCAUCACUUACUAUGGAUCGAUGGACGACCGCCGUCACAUUCGUCAUAUGGUUAAGAAGAAGGGAACGGUAGUAGAUGUCAUCUUGACGACCUAUAAUAUGGUUGGAUCAAAGUCGGACGACAAAAAGUUCUUCAAGAACUUCAAGAUCAAUUACGUCAUUUACGACGAAGGACACAUGCUGAAGAAUUGCGCUUCGGAACGUUACCGCUCCCUGAUGAAAAUCAGGGGCAGUCGCAAGAUUCUUCUAACUGGUACACCUCUCCAAAACAACCUCAUCGAGCUCAUCUCUUUGAUGUAUUUUGUCAUGCGCAAGGUCUUUGACAAAUAUUGCGAUAAUAUCACACAACUACUGGCCCACUUCAAACAGCAAGCGGGACGCGCAAUCGACUCAAAGGAGCAAUCGUUGUAUCAAAGGGACCGGAUUGAACAAGCUAAACUCAUCCUUUCGCCCUACAUUCUACGACGAAUGAAAUCCAAGGUGCUCUGCGAAUUGCCGCCGAAAACUGAUGAAACCACGUUAGUCCAGAUGGAAACAGAACAAGCGGAAUUAUACGAUUAUCAGUUAGAGUUGUUCCGCGAUGGAGGCGAAAAUAAUCCCGGUGGCAUCAUCCGUCUGCGACAAGCCGCUAAUCAUCCGCUUUUGACACGUAAAUGGUUUGAUGACGACCAGUGUGCGAAGAUAGCUAAACGUUUGAUCAAGGAACGCGAAUACGAGCAAAAGGACCCGAAACAUAUUGCCGAGGACUUGCUAUGCUUGUCGGAUUUCCAGAUACAUCAGCUCUGUGCCAAGUUUACAAGCACUGAACGAUUUUGCCUGUCCGACAGCUUAUCCCUGGAGAGCGGCAAAUGCGAGUACCUUGACAAGAAAUUGCCGGAACUGAAAGCGAAGGGCGAGAAGGUGCUCAUCUUUUCUCAGUUCACCCAGAUGCUUGACAUAUUGGAGGUGUAUAUGCACGUGCGCAAGCACAGCUUCUUUCGUUUGGACGGCAGUACACCUGUGUUAGAACGUCAGGACAUGAUCACUUUAUACAACAAUGACCCGGAGACCUUCGUUUUUCUGCUUUCGACGAGGGCUGGCGGCUUGGGCAUCAAUUUGACUUCGGCUAACAAUAUCAUAAUCCACGAUAUCGACUUCAAUCCGUACAAUGAUAAGCAAGCCGAGGAUCGCUGCCAUCGAAUGGGGCAGAAAAAGCCAGUCCACGUCAUCCGGCUCAUAUCGAAAGGAACCAUCGAAGAGGGAAUCAGCCGUCUAGCAAAACGCAAAUUACAACUGGAAAAAGAAGUGACGACUGGCGCUCGCGGAGACGAUGAUCCGAUCAAUCAAACACAAGGAACGGAGGGCCAGUCCGAGGACGAACUUGCCAACGAUGAAGUGGCCGAAUUGCUCCGUGACGUCAGAAAGGCCAAGCCCACAUCACCAAAGAAGCGCCGUGAUAUUUCCGAUGAUUCGCUGCUUUCCAAUACUUGCAUACCCUGGUCCAUUCUCGAAACAGAUUUUAAGGCAUAUUUUAACACCACUGCGUGCUUUGGCGUCAAGAAAAAUGCAUCCAAAUUUGCCUGCAACCAGGGCUACAUAUCGCAAAUUAUUCUUGCUGAAUUUGAUUGGACUGAAGAAGACGAACACUUACCAAAGUGUGCCAUAAUUAAGGUGACGGAAACCGAAAAGUUACGUACGAUGUGUGAGAAGGUUUUUAAAACGUCUUAUGAAGAAAUGGCUAAAUCUAUCCGAAAAGUUCACGAUAAUGAACUGGAUGUAUAUGCACUGAUGCGCGAUGAAUGGAAGUGUGAUGAUAAAUUAAAAAUGCCCAAAUACUAUACAGGAAGAAAAUAUGGUUUCAACGGGAUACAUGCUGGCUACUUGGCGUUAGAAUACAUCCACGGAGGUGUCAUGCGCCACGUAUACCACAAUAUCCCGAUUGCAACCUGCGAAGAAAUUCUAAAGCUCCUAGCGAAAUUGGGCGCCUACGGGCUCCGCGAUCCAAAAAUGGUGGAGAGGUUCGAUUUCAGCUUCAUGCAUGAAAUGUUCAAAUUGAUGAAUACCCCGGAGGCAACGAAAGAGGGAUUGGAAAUGCUAACCGAACGGUUCCCAGACCUUCAAUCGGACCUCGAGUUUGUGGCUAUGCACAUCGACAAAUUAUUAGAUUCCGCCUAUAAGCAAUCAAUCAUCCACGAAAGCUGCCCUACAAAAAUGCUAACACAUGGGGAUGUCUGGACAGGAAAUAUGAUUCUAGCACAAGAAGAAACUGGCACCCUUCAUUUGAAGAAUUGGAUUGAUUGGCAGAUAACGCACGCUGGAUCACCGGUCGAAGAUAUGAUCCGAUUUCUAAACAGCGCUUUACCAGGAGAAGAAAAGAUCAAAGUACGCGAAAAGCUUUUUGAGGUUUAUUAUAAAGCUCUGCAGCGAGAAUGCGCAGGUGAAAGCGAAAUCCCCUUUACACGCGAUAUGUUCACGGAAGCUUAUGAGAAACUGAUGCCAAUAUCCACAUUUCCCUCAAUUAAGCCCAGAAUUCAGAUGAUGGAAAUGAUACUUGCACCAUUGCUAGAUGCCGAAAAAGAGGACGCUAAAAAUGUUCUAAUGGGCCGUCUACGGUGGCACGUCAUUGAAUCAAUUGAAUUGAUGCGAAAAUGGUAU